AUGGAUGUUGAGAGUGUUAAGCCGAAGAGAAGUCAAGAAACAGAGAGAUUGUGGUCGACUACACAAAUCUCACUGAGAUUCUUCGCUUUUGCCACUUCAUUCACAUCCGCAAUGAUCAUCUUUAAGAACAAGCAAGUCACUUUCUUAUUCGGCAUGGAAUUCAGCGCUACCUACACCGACGAUCCAACUUUCAAGUUCUUUGCAUAUUCAAACAUGAUUGCAGCUUGCUUAUCCGCCUUGUCUCUAAUAUUUUCCAUCGCCAACUCUCGGAAACCUAUGGACCAAACCGUCUAUUUCUACUUCUUCAUGCAUGAUUUGAUUAUGGCGAUGCUAAUGACUGCGGCGAGCGCAGCUGCGAGUGCGAUCGGUUAUGUGGGCAAACAUGGUAAUUCACAAGCGGGUUGGAUUGCGAUUUGCGACCAUUUUGGUCGGUACUGUGCCAAAAAUACUGUGGCUGUUGCCCUCUCAUAUUUCUGCCUCUUUUUAUAUCUCUUUCUUAUUGUCAUGUCUUCCAUUAAGUCUAGGCAAUCCUAA